AUGGGCCAGCAGAUUGCUCCGCCCUCAAAGUCCCCAGCACCAAAAAGACGCAAAACAACUCCACCCACCUCAUCCUCUACAGCCCUCGAUGAAAAAGUCGCGCCUUGUCCAGCCUGUCCGGGUGUCUUCAAAACACGCCCAGAGACUACACGCGCGAUCCUCCACUAUGAAUCAGAAAUCCUGGACGCAUAUAGAAAACUAAAAGAAGAAACGCGGCAAGAAGGCGAACAGGGCCCUGAUGAAGAAGCGUUUCUCGAACUUCUUAGGCACUCUGAUAUUUAUUCAUCAGAUUUGUCCAACCUCUCUAAUCCGGUUUAUAAACUGAGAGAAAUGCGAAAAGACCUUCGCGUUUCUCGCUCGCGAAUUCCCAACGAUCUGUUCAUGGAGAUCGUUGGCGAUUGGGAUAUGGCCGUUGAGCAAUAUGGUCCUCUCCUCAGUCAUGAUAGUAAAAAGGGACGUUCGGGGGUUGUAUCUUCUUUGGUGUGCAGUAUUGUGCGCGUCUUUCACAGCGCAAUUCUAAAUAAACCUGGAGCGUUUUUCGAAGGGCGAUCAUCCCAGAAGGGAAGAAUCCAGAAUUAUUUUAUGAUGAUGAAUAAGUUUGUCAGCAUUGUGUUCAUGGAAGUCGAACCUCUCAUGGCUAUGGGUAGAUCACAGGAAAAUGUCAUAGGGCAGCUUCUUGCUGAAUGUGUUGUACGCGACUAUGCAAACCGAAGAACUGGACAUUGGACGCCAAUCCUCGCUAUUCUGUGCAAUGGUACCAACUUCCAGUUCUUUGUUCUUGAUGCAGCAGACGAGGUCGCUUAUUCAUCAGGAUGGAAGAACGGUCUGAUGAUUGAUGAAGGAGAAGGCGAAGAGACAAAGUUAUUAUAUUCAAUCAAACGAGGUUAUUACAUCAUCCUCGCUUUACCUCCAGGCUAUAGCUAA